UGUUUUCAAGAAAACAAUUUAAUAUUGUUGAAAGAAAAUAAUAUAUGUCUGUGGGAAAUAACUAAACAAGGAUUGAAAUAUGUCUUCUGAAGACCUCAAUCCUGAAUCAUCUAAUUAUGCGCAAGCAUGUCAACCAGAAACAAACGUAGUUGACCAAAGCCUCUUGGAAGAUUUGCGAAAGGAACAAUCCAGUUUGACAGAUAAUUUUCCGAUAUGUGCCCUUUUGAUUGAUGAAGCUUUGGAUCGUUUUUUUUCCAACGGACUUGUGCCAGGUUGUGAAUGUUAUGCCGAUGUUCUCAAUCAUGAGCCAAUGAAACUUACCCAAAAGGUUUUUGUGCCUGUAAAACAAUAUCCUGAAUUAAAUUUAUCUAGUAUGUUUGGGAGUUCCUUAGUGCAACUACAAGAGGCAACACAAUGUGAGAUUCAAAUCAAAGGGCGUAAUUCUAUGAUUGACAAGGUUAAGGAAGAAGAACUGCGACAGUCGGGAGAUCCACGUUUUAAACAUUUAAAUAAAGAUUUGUUCUUGGAAAUAAGCACAGUGUCUACACCAAUUGAGUGUUAUACCCGUAUUGCGUAUGCCUUGGGAGAAAUACGUAAAUGUCUAAUACCAGAAACAAACGAUGAUGUUUCACAUGAAGAAUUAAGUGAAAUAAUAAAAAUCGAACCGGAAGUAGUUGGUACCCAACAAAUUGUCAAGUGUGAGGAACUGGAAGAUAGCCCUAUUAUGGAUGAUCUCCCACUUGAAGUACUUUUUAAAGAACCUAAAACACCACCACCACCCUUAUUAGAUAAACCCCAGGACAAACCAUUUAUUUUUGGCUUAGCUGACAAACUAAUUAAGCUAUUGGAUGAAACUGUUUUAAAUCCCAAUUUUCAGUACUCAGAAGAGGAAACUAUGAUGGUGUCUAACAACAUAGAUAUUUUGAAUAGUUUUAUUGUAUCUAAAGUUCCAUCAAAUUCAACGCCAUCAUCUAGUGGUGCCAACCUGGAAAAUAAACUAUUAAGUACAACUGCGGCAUCGUCCAAAGUACGUUCUCAAAGUAAAAACUUGGGUGUAACAAAAAAACAUACAACAAAAAGAAAAAUGAAUAGAGAUUCCAACAAUGUUGAAUCUAAAACCGAUAAAACAAGACCAAUUAAAAAUAUUAUGAUUCGGAACGCUUUAAUGAAAAGGGAAAGGUCUCCGGGAUUAUUUUAUAUAAAAGAUAAGAAGAAUGAUAAAAUAAUAAAGCGUCUAAUUUCAAAUAGAACUACGUUAAGUCGCUGUCUUAAAAGAUCUGAUAAGGAAACCAUAGAGCCAGAAGAAGAAGUUGAAUAUAAUCCAUUAACUAUAGACUCUCUGCAACAGACGCCUACCGAGCUUGUUUUUGAAUAUACACCCCGAGAUAUAAUUCUUUCACUACUAGAGACCAUGAAAAACUAUCGCGUUUUGUGGCAAUUUCAUGACAAACCAUUCAAUGAAGACUAUAUUGAAGCUAUCGAAGAUUUGUGUCAAAUAGUUAAUGUCAAAUGGUCAUUAAAUAUAGAUUCAUUGAAAAUGCGUCGCAGCAUUAAUCGUGUGUUAAGAUUUUACCGUUUUGUAUUCCCAUAUGAGAAUAUUGAAAAAUUUUCUGAAUAUUUCGACAAGUGUGCUGCAUUUUUGCCAUCAACUGUGAUGGAAAUUCCCCAUGCUCGAUGUUCGCACUGUUUUAUUUGUUUUAAAGAGGAUGUCGAGUUGAGAAGGCAUCUUGUAGAAGAACACAAGUCUUUGAAAUGGCCUCACAAGUGCCAACACUGCGCUGAAAGUUAUGAAGACAAUGAUGAAUAUGAGUUUCACAAACGUCUGCCACAUUAUGUUGAAAUAUUUACAUGUGAACAAUGCAAUGAGAAAUUAAAUCAUCGCAGUGAGUAUAAUCAACAUCUAGCUAAACAUCAACAAAAACAGAUUGAAGAGCCUAGAAAUCACGUAUGUAACGAAUGCGGCAAAAAAUUUAGAACCAAUGGGGAGUUACGAAGUCACAAAUACUAUCACGAAGAAAAAAAAUUUAAAUGCCAUCUGUGUCCGAAAUCUUAUUUUAAAAGCCCUACUCUUACAAUUCAUUUAAAGAAACAUCGCAAUCAAUUAGAUUAUAUAUGCGAAGUGUGCGGAAAAGGAUUUCUCCAACAAAAAUAUCUGAAUGAGCACAUGGAUACACACAAUGGAAUCCAAAUAGCGUGUAAUAUUUGUAAUUUAAAGCUGAGAAGGGGUAAUCUAUACCGCCACUUGCGCACUUGUCAUGUGGCAGUAGAGGGCACCAUCGAAAGUACAUUUAGAGCAAAAGGUCACCGGCAUAAUCAACUCACACACCCUCAAAGACGAACACAUAAAAUCAAUCCCAUUUACCAGCCAUCAAAACGUUCAAAACGAUCCGAAGAAAAGGUUCCUCGUCAAUACGAUUGUAAAGUCUGUAAUAUACAUUUUGAUCGGCUCAAAUUCCUCAAAGAUCACAACAGGGAAAAUCAUGGCAAUAUAAACAAAGUAUCGUGUAAAAUGUGUGAUUCGCAAUUGGCACAAAAAACUAAUCUAAAACGUCAUUAUCGUGAAAAGCACAAGUUGAGUGACUAUCAAGCAUUCGAAUUAGUCGAUAAGGACGAGGAUAUAAAUAAAGUGUUAUCAAUGACAAAAGAGGAAAUGAAUGAACAAAGUGGAAACCAAAGCGACUAAAAUUUUAAAAUUAGUCUUAAUGAAAUAGCAAAUAGCUACAUAUGUAUGUCUGUAUGUAAUUUAAUAUUUGACUAUUACUUAACGAAUCACACAUCACCAUUUUUAUCCUUGCAAAAUUAUUUGAUGUUUUUAUUAUUUUAUUUUUCAAUAAUAACGAUGAAUCUAACAAUAAUAAUGUUAAAUUCGCCUUAAAUAAUAAUUUCCCAUCAAAAAUAUUUGUGUUGCAAGACAAAAAUUGUUGAGCUGAAUACAAUUAUUAUUCCCAUUAUACGUUGUAUAAUAAUUAUGUACUUUGAAUAAAAUUUCAAAACACUAAUAAAAUCUAUACUAUAAAUAA